AGUUUAAGGUAAGACCAAAAAAUAAUGAAUUAAAUAAAAGGGUCCAAACAACUUUGAUAGGUAGAUUUUUUAAGACUCCUCCCCUUUUAAUAGUAUUGAUUUUUGGCAUGAUUUUAAAUAUUAAUAUUUGAUUAUAAAUAAAAUUAUAUACAAAAGUUAUAAUAAAAUUUGUGUUUUAACUUUGUAGUAUUCCAGGCAUAUGGAAAAACUCAUAUUAAUUUCCAAAAAAGUGGUAUGGUGCACGAAUAGACCAUCACAUCGGAUAUUCAAAUGAAGUAUAAAGCAUAGCCUCGUAUCCACUUGGUUACAAGGUGAAGUGGAGUGCCUUCGCUUAGCACCUUGGAACCUGCCUAUCGCUUGAGCACCACCUUGUGUUUCAUAUAAUAAAGUUGAGAAAUAGUGGUGGAAUUUUUUUUAGAUAAAUAUAUUUUAUAAACUCUCAAAUGAAAACUGAUUCCCACCAUCGUUCUAAUUUUUAUAUUAUUUUUUAUUUAUUUUAAACACUUACUAAGAAAUUACAUUAGAGAUGUUUUAGUGUGGGGAAAUUACACAAACAACAAGUUUGCACCGUGCAGUGAAAUAUACGAUUGUGUUCCCCCUUAUUUGUGUGAAGCCUAUUAGGAAAAUACUUGGAUAAUAGCAAAUAUAACAUAAGCAUAAACUUAAGUGAGGCUAACACCAUUUACUGGAAAACUUCCACAAUGUGAGAAGGAAAAGCUAUGGGACAGUGUUCACUGAAAAAUUUGAUCAAAAAAUGGGUAUGAUCAGUAUAUUCACGGCCUCUCGGUUAAACUCGAGAAAAAAAUCCAGAGACUAUAAUUACAAAGAGGUAUUUGCAACACAAGAUAUAACAACAAGAGAGCAACUCAAAAGCUUUAAAAAUAGGCAGCAACAACAUAUAUAUAACGAAGAAUCGUCAGAUGUUAAUAUCAAUGAAAGUGUCCAAGGGGGUCAAUUCUCGAUGUUGAGCAAAAAAUAUUAAGUAUAGGCCAAGACUUUCUAUUCAAAGCCGGUCUAACUUGUUUACUACUUAAAGCACUGACACUAUUCAACCCGGUUCUAUACCUAAGGAUAAGAAGCCUCAUGUCCCAUCGUUAAAGAGAUUGAUGGCGAUGAAUAAACCAGAAUAUGAAAAAAAAGCGUUGUAUGAUUGCUUAAGUGCUGCUUCAGAUGGAGGCAUACAACAAUUUACGCAUAUGAUUCUGGAUCAAUGGUGUCAGUUCCUAACGAGUCAGAACGAGAUCACGGAGAGAACAAGGAUCUAGGGUGUUGUUAUUUUUCAGUCUAGCUAUGUUCUCCUCGUACUUGAUAUUAUCAUUCAACAUUAUAGCUUUGUUUACAUGUUAAACAAACCGACAAAAUAAAACUAUAAAUUACGAACAUCAGAACAUACGAUUAAAUCGGGAGAAAAUAAUUGCAAGAUGUGAAUACCACGAAUGGAACUUGUCCAUCGACGCCUUAACAAAAAUCAACAAAAAUAUUAUUGUUGACUUUUUGCAUUACAAGAUACAUUCAUCUAUUUCUAUUCAAAUAUAUGGUCAAUAUCACGUUCAUCAAACGGCUAACAAUAAAUACACGUGGCAACUCAAUGUUGGUUCAGCUUCUGCACAAAAGUCUUAAAAGUACAACGUGAGAAGCUCUAACAAAACGUGAAGGCCAUAACUAUUAUCAAACACGCACAAAACACACACGAACACAAGUAAGACAAAGACAAUGAUUAUUCAGGCAAAACUAUGUACCUAUUUGAUUCUCUACAUUCCUCUCUCUCACCAAAGUCACAGACAAAACAUCUCUCUCUAUUUAUAUACACUUACUCACAUCACAAUUCUGAACAGAGAACAUUUUUUGGGAGAGAGAAGUUAACCUAAAGUAACAUUGAUCCAGAGAAAUGAGUAGGUUUGGUGGGUCUUUGUUCGGCUUAAGCCUUUUACUGACCGUUCUCCUCGGGGCAGCCACCGCAGCAGCGGAGUAUUACAACUAUGGAAAUGCCCUUGACAAGACAUUCUUGUUCUUUGAGGCUCAACGGUCAGGGAAGUUGCCAGCUGCCCAACGUGUCAAAUGGCGUAGCCAUUCUGGUCUCGCGGAUGGUCUUGCUCAAGGCGUGAGUUUGGAGGGAGGAUAUUAUGAUGCAGGAGACCAUGUGAAAUUCGGUUUACCAAUGGCUUUCGCAGUAACAAUGCUAUCGUGGGCUGCGGUUGAUAACCAGAAGGAGCUAUCCGGUUCGAACCAAAUGCAACAGACAUUGUGGUCAAUCAGAUGGGGUACUGAUUAUUUCAUCAAGGCUCAUCCUCAGCCUAAUGUUCUAUGGGGUCAAGUUGGAGAUGGAAAAUCUGAUCACUACUGUUGGGAGCGAGCGGAGGACAUGACCACUUCAAGAACAGCUUAUAAGCUUGACCAGUACCAUCCUGGCUCAGACUUGGCUGGUGAAACCGCUGCUGCUUUAGCCGCUGCUUCUUUAGCUUUCAAGCCGUAUAACUCCUCUUAUUCUGCUAUCCUCUUGACUCAUGCCAAAGAGCUCUUCUCAUUUGCUGACAAAUACAGAGGAUUAUACACUGAUUCAAUCCCAAAUGCAAAAGCUUUCUACAUGUCAUCUGGUUACUCGGAUGAGCUUCUUUGGGCUGCGGCUUGGCUACACCGUGCCACUGGGGACGAGUAUUACUUGAAAUAUGCUGUAAAUAAUGCUGGUUACAUGGGUGGAACCGGCUGGGGAAUGAAAGAAUUCUCUUGGGAUAACAAAUACGCUGGUGUUCAAGUCCUUCUCUCCAAGAUCUUGUUAGAAGGUAAAGGUGGUGCGUAUACUUCGACCUUGAAGCAGUAUCAGAUGAAAGCUGAUUACUUCGCUUGUGCUUGUCUCAAGAAGAAUGGUGGCUACAAUAUUCAAACAACUCCUGGUGGUUUGAUGUAUGUUAGAGAGUGGAACAAUCUGCAAUAUGCAUCUGCGGCUGCAUUUCUUCUUGCGAUUUAUUCGGAUUAUCUAUCUGCAGCAAACGCUAAACUCAACUGUCCUGAUGGUUCAGUGCCGCCUCAAGCACUUCUAGACUUUUCAAGAUCUCAGGCUGAUUAUAUUCUUGGAAAGAACCGUCAAGGGAUGAGUUACUUAGUUGGAUAUGGACCAAAAUAUCCAAUCCGAGUUCACCAUAGAGGCGCUUCAAUCCCUUCAAUCUUUGUUCAACGGUCUUCUGUGAACUGUGUACAAGGAUUUGAUUCUUGGUAUAGAAGGGCUCAAGCUGAUCCGAAUGUUAUCUAUGGUGCUCUUGUUGGUGGACCAGACCAGAAUGAUUACUAUUCUGAUGACCGGACAAACUACGAGCAGUCAGAACCAACAUUGUCUGGAACAGCUCCACUCAUUGGUUUAUUCGCUAAACUCUCUGGAAAAUUAGGUUCUUAUGGAGGAGGAUAUUCUAAACCUUACCAAACACCAAAACCACCAGCUUCAGCUUACAAAGCAGCACCAACAAUAUACACUCCAAAGCAAUCAGGUGCACCAAUCGAGUUUCUUCAUUCAAUAACUGCAAAUUGGAUGGCUUGGAACACGAGGUACUACAGACACAAAGUGAUCAUCAAGAACAAUUCUCAGAAACCGAUAUCAGGCCUCAAGCUUAAGAUUGAAGAUCUCACAGGACCUAUAUGGGGACUUAACCCAACAGGGCAAAAGAAUACUUACCAGCUUCCUCAGUGGCAAAAGACUUUGAAAGCAGGGCAAGCUUACGAUUUUGUCUAUGUGCAAGGUGGUCCUCAAGCUAAGGUCUCUGUCCUAAGUUACUACUAAUCCUUUUCUUUUAAUUAAGAUUCCAUUUUCCUUCUUUUUUUUUGGAUUUAUGCAUUGUGUGAGAUUUGAAAAUAGCCAACCAAGUUGAGACUAAAUCUGAGAAAUGUAAAUUUGUGUCCCUUGAGAGAUAA